UGUUCACGCUCCUAAACGCGCGUAAGAAUGUAUUUCCUAUCUAGCCUAGGAAAACCAAAAUGAAAAAGGGAAGGGGAUAGAUAGGGAUGGUGAAAGGGAGAUCACAGCUUGCUAGAAAAAAAAAAUGGAAAGGACAAUAAGAGGAAGGAAGAAAUACUGGGUUUCCAAUUUUUUGUUAGAGAAGAUUCAGAACAACUUGCCUUCUCUGCUGUACAUACACCCCAUUCUCCUCCUCAUCAAACUUUCCACUUCUUCUCCCACAAACUUAAAAAAUACUCACCUCACUUUACCGGGCCUCCAUUUCCUUUUCAUAUAUAUAUACCUUCAUCACCUCCAUAGAAACAUAAAUAUAAUUGUGUACUUGAAAUUCCUUUGGGUUUGUAUUUUCUCUUGUUUAAAUUCUCCUAAAAAUCAGAUCAAAAGGUUCAGCCUUUGGGCUAAAGAAUUUCUCUAAAUUAAUUGUUCUUGCGUGUAUGCUUUACUUAAUUAAGCCUCUUGAUGCAACUAGAGCACAUCACAAACAUAUAGAUAUUCAAUCAGAUUGACUUUAGCUUAGAGUGGUUGUUUUCCAUUUAUUGGAUGGAAAUGGUUGGUAUACACAUGUAUAUAUUUAAUUUGAUAUUGCAGCAUAUAUAACCAAAACCCUGGAACGGUACCAACAUUGUAGCUUCACUCAAGACAACAGCAGCGGACCUGAAACAUAGGCAUUUGCUUGGAGAAGAUCUUGGAGGACUUGGUGUGAAAGAGCUGCAAAAUCUUGAGAAACAGCUUGAGGGAGCUCUUGCAUUUGCCAGACAAAGGAAGCUUAAUGCAGAAGGACAUAGUUUCAAAACAAUCCAAGGCUUAUGGAGUUCGUGCAACAGUUGGAAGUAGCAAACUUCCCUAUCCAUCCACAUUACCCCAACUCUAUGGACUGUGAUCCUGAACCUGUCUUACAACUGGGGUACCACCACUAUGUUCAGGCUGAAGGUUAAUCUGUUCCGAAAAGCAUGGCUGGUCAUACCAACUUCAUCCAAGGAUGGGUCCUCUCAGCAAUCUAAACCAAAACACUAAUUAAUUAGCAUGGUAACUCUAAGUAUCAUAUUAACUGGUAAGCAAGUUUCAUUUUAUAGAUAAGAUCUAAGAGUCAAGUCCUAGGGUUAAUACUCAAAAAAUUAAUUUUCUUAAGUGCAACAAGCCAAUGUAGAGAUGCAACCUUAGCCUUUGUUUGGAUUAGUA